UACCGAGGCGGGCGGCGGCCAUCUUGGCAGCGGCCAUGAGCGGCUCCAGGGCGCGGGCGGCUGCGGCGGCGCCGGGGCCGGAGAAGAAGCUGCCGCCGGGGUCCGCGGGGCCGCUCAGCCGCCUGCGGGGCCGACGCGGAUCGGCCGAUGCUCCGCCACGGCAGCCCUGGACCGAGUCCGAGUUGCUGGCGCUGGAGACCGUCCGGCCCGAGCACGUCCUGGGGCUGUGCCGGGUGACGGAGAAUUAUUUAUGCAAACCUGAGGACAACAUUUACAACAUUGACUUCACCAGGUUUAAGAUCCGGGACCUUGAAACUGGAACAGUACUUUUUGAAAUCGCCAAGCCUUCUGCUUCAGAGCACGCUGAGGAGGGUGAGGAUGACAGCAGUGAGCUGGACGCGAGUGCAGGUCGCUUUGUUCGGUACCAGUUCACCCCAGCGUUUCUCCGUCUUCGGACUGUUGGUGCAACAGUGGAAUUCACAGUGGGAGAAAAGCCAGUGUCAAACUUCCGAAUGAUUGAGAGGCAUUACUUCCGAGAUCGCUUGCUGAAGAACUUUGACUUUGAUUUUGGCUUCUGCAUCCCCAGUAGCAGGAACACAUGUGAACACAUUUAUGAAUUCCCUCAGCUCUCAGAAGACCUUAUCCGUCUGAUGGUGGAGAACCCGUACGAGACGCGCUCGGACAGCUUUUACUUUGUGGACAACAAGUUGAUUAUGCACAACAAGGCCGACUAUGCUUACAAUGGAGGACAAUAAUCAUUCUGUCUGCUGGAUGCUGUGAUGCCCUUAACCAUUCCAGAUGUGCAGGAGUGGACUGGAGUUGCUGUCUCGUGCAACAAGGCUUCUUGCCAAACUUUUUCUCUGUGCGUGAGGCUGAGAACAUGAAGCAAAGACGACGGCUCCUGAAAGGAAAUCUCCCUGCAACACCUCUCUCUCUGGGACUCAGCGUUUCCUGUCUCUCCUUCUCUGUUCCUGGCUAUCUUCUGAUAACCUUGGUUAGGUCGGUGAUCAGAGGGACUCUUAGACAAUUCUUGCUCUUAGUCUUUCUAGUUAGUUUGCACCUUUAGUGCUUCUGAUGUUUCACCUUUUGGGUGAAUAUCGUUUUUCAACAGGUCAGAUUGUUUGUGUUAAGCUAUUCCUUAGCAGGAAAAUCUUAACCCCUUCAAGUAGCCAGCGAUGCUUGAAGAGCAGAUCUUUUGUUCAGUUGGAUAGAUCAUCUCUUCAGUGGCAGUGGUUUUGUUUGUGGCAUUGCUGACAUUGUUUUUUAGGGUGCAUCCCAAUAUUCUCCAGUGGGAAAGAGACUAAUUCAGCUUCUAAGCAGUGCAGGAAUAUUCCAUCUGCCUCUGGGGGCCUGAGCUGCCCCUAAGAACAGUUAAGCUCUGUUUUGCCAUAUAUUUCACUAGAGAUACGAGAUAGGGGAAAAAGGGGGCUGUCCCUCUGAUAGCGUUUCUGUUUGACCUUUUGUGAGCAAACUAUUGAAUUUUGGAGCUCAGGGGUCAACCUUAGAGCUGAAGUUAAUCUCACUAUAUUACCAUUUCUCCUUCUUCCCUUUGUAGGAAUUUUUGGCCCUUGGUACAGAAUGUAUUGCUUUUUAGGUGGACAGCACAUUGUCAGCCUGGCUGGGGUGAAGGUGUCACUCUAGUGGGGCUUAGAGGAAAAAGGGAGAAUGUGGAAAAUCACUUGAAAAAUGAGUAGGAAGCAGAGCUUCCUAGGCUUCAGUCUGUACUUGUAACCCUGACUGGUCUGUCAGAGUUGCUGUGAGCAGCACCAGCUCAUUUUCUUUGUUGCAGUGGAGAUAUUAGUAGCUAAAAGCUUCCCAGGUCAGAUCACUCAGUGUUAUGGAGUGGGAUUCUAGGAAAGUGAGAAUGUACGUGGUUCUCUUUUUCAUUGUUCCCAUCACUGCUCUGCCUGCUCAGCUGCUUAUUUAUGGUUUAGGAAGUCAUGCUGCCAAGGUUGAUACCACAGCUGUGUGUGGGAUCUGGCAAUGGGAGAUAGCAUCAUGCAGUGGGAAGAGGAGGAGGACCUGUGUCUUGCCAGUAGCUGUGCUGGGGCAAGCUCCCAACUGUGCAAAAUCUCAGCUAUCAAACCCUUUUUUUCCAGUUUUGCUGGCUUUCAAGACUGGUACUUUCCUGUCCCCAUGCUGGGCUGGUCAGUUGAGUCUCUUAGGGGAGUUAGGUUGUGUCUAGACUGGAGACCUUUCCUAAUACUAGUUCCAUUUGUUCUUGAGACAGUUAAAACCUAACUCUUCAAUGGUUACCUGUUGUGUUAGGAGGGAUUCAGUGUAGUUUGUGUUUUAGCAGGGUCAGACAUCAGAGCCUAGAGCCUUUUAAUGCAGACAGCAAUAGGAAACCACUGCCUUUACUUCCAGAUUAGUGAAAGUAACUUUGGCGUGGAACAUCAGCUGGCAUCAGAGUAAGCAGUGAGAGUGUGUGGGGUAGCAGCCAUGAAUGAAUCUCCAGCUCUUAGGAAGAUACUUAAUUAUGAUUAACCACAACAAAUGACCUGUUCUGGGUGGAGCAUUAAUCAUAAGCAACCACAACAAAUGUCUUGGGAAUGUGGAGGGGCAGGGUCUGCCUGAUGGAAAGAUGAACUGUUCUGCCACCAUCGAUCCCCUCCAGCAUUUCCACAGGCACUAAUGCAAUCUUGUUUAGGAUCUUCAGGAUUAGUUAAAGCUGCUGUUGAGGUGGACCUCGAGCUGCCUCUUCCAGUGAACAACUUCCACAGCCCUCAUGCUGUGCCUCUGAGGUGGGAAGCAUUUGCUUUGCUCUAAGUUACUCACAACAAAGCAGAACUGCCUGGAAGUGUGCUUUUCAUCCUGAAGUGUUCAGAAAUAGUGUCUGAAGAGCCUACUCGUUAUUCCCCCACAAGUUUAGUAUAUUGAACUGAAUUUUGUAUGUAGUAUAAAUCCAGGUGCCUUUAAACGUUUCUUUUAUCACACUUUCUACACGAAGCAACCUCUCGCUUUUCUUAGGAGUGUGACGAUUCCCAUCUGUUUCUCUUGUCACUGUGAAGGUCCCUCAAAGGCGAUGGGCUCGUCCCCAGGGCGGGCGGGCACCGGCGGGGGCGCGCACGGGGCGAUGGGGGCGCGGACGGCGCGCGCGCGCCAUCUGCUGACGGCGGGAGCGCGCCGCCGGUGUUGGGUCCCGGUAGGAAAAGGGAAUUCCUGUCCUUGGCCAGCGCAGAGAGGAGGGAACGGCACGGAGGCGGUUGCUUUCACACUGGUGAAUGUGUUGGCUAUUCAGCAAUAAAGGGGAGAAGUGGAGGAAAACCGGGAGACUCGCAGGCAGCAGUAGCACCCCGCAGCUUUUAGCUGAGUUUGUUUGCUUUGCCAGAUCAGAAGGUCUUUGCCCUAAAAGCAUGCUGCAGGAAAAAGAAAGUCCCUACAAGAGGGCAACCCAGCACGAAAGAAGUUGAUUGUAAUCCAAAAAGUCAGGGAUUUCCAAACUCCUGUCCCCACUUUAGUAGCUUUCCUAGGAUUCCUUUUCUCUUAGGUUCUUUCUCUAUAAAGCCUCUUUUCUUUGUGGCAGGGAUGAUUUCUUUGGUAAACAUGGUUUAGCAGACCAGCUUCCUUCUGGGUGUGUUCUGGUGUUUUAAUGAUGGGUCAAAGCUACUCAUGCCAGUGAGCUUGGAAGAAAUUCCACUGGGAUCACAUCCUUGACAGGUGAAUGGUCAGUUGUAACCUGGUGCUGCAGGCAAAGGAGAUGCUUUCACUGUCAGUUGGAGUUUGAGCAAGGAAAAAGGUAUCAAAGACUACUUCUCUCAGGUUUUGUGCUGAGUUGGAAAAAGAAAAAAAGUUGUGAUCAUACUGAGUUUGGCUCAAAACUUCAAAAAGAAAGGGACCAAACCCACAGACUCAUAGUAUGUUUUUUCCAGUAUUUUUCCUCCUAUUACCAGGACCUCUUUUUAAUAUUUUUGAGGCAAGGGCUUUGGAUCCAUGCCAGCAAACUUCCUGGAGAGCUAUUUUCAUGCCUUGAGUGUGGAAUACAUACUGCACCUUGUGAAGGAAGGUCAUCUCUUGUUGUAUGGACUGGGUACUUCUGUUCUUGUCCUCUGUUUUUGGUAGGAAAUGUCUUGUGUGUGUACUUGAGGAUUUUCCAUGUCUCUUUUGCAGAGGAGCGGCAGCCUCUUCUCUGGUGCUUGGGGAUGCUUAUUCCAUUAUCUGAGGGUUCAGGAAGAAUAAAACAAGUGUUUAAUAGUCAGAAAUGAAGGAGGAACGUGGUCGUGAAGCAGUAAGGUCCAAAUGUAGCAACUCUGCUUCUCAGCUCUGUGUUUCAUCACAUCACCUUCAGCUGUUUCCCAGUCUUCUGCCCUGCUGUCCUGUGACAUGGAGCUACUUCGUGCUACCCCCGAGCCUGGCUCGCUGUCAGGUGUGACCCUGGGACACAAACACUGCCGUCUCCUGUCCUUGCCGAGGGCAAGGCUGAGUGAUGGCAGCCUUGGGGGUGGAGUCAGCACCUCUUCCUCUUCAGCAGCAGCAGGACAAUGAACACCAGCAAACGCCCUCUCCGCCUGCCUGGAUCCCAGUGCUGUUACAGGACAAGUAUUUAUAUCUCUCACAGUGUGGCCUUGGGGCUGCUGGCACGUGGACUCCUCUGUGCUGUCCCCUUCGGACCCUGCUCCCGUGGCCCUGGCAGCGCCGCGGGGCUGUCCUGGUGGCCGUGGUGUCCCCGCGGUGCCGCUGUAUUUGUACACUCGUGGUUUUGUCACCAGCAGUCGGAAUAAAGGACCUUCCUUCCCUCC